AGACCCCAGAAAUGGCCAAACGCAGAAAAACAAAUCUACUCCCGGCGUUUUACCCUCCCCAGACUCUCUUUCCUUUUUUAGUUUCAAAAUCCAUCGGCUCUGAUAACGGCUUCGAACGAACAAACAUGAAAAUGACCCUCUUAUCCUCCCCUCCCCUCCCUCUCUCCUCCUUCCACAUCCACCCCUUCGCCGUCUCUCUUUCCCCUCCGAUCCUUCCGGCCUACCGCCUGGUUAUCCGCCUCUCUCCGCCGCCGCGCACAGUUCAGCUUCGCUCUGCCGUUGCUGCUCUCGGAAAUGGAGCUCUAUUGCGGGAUAUAGGAGCCACGGCCGCGGUACUCUCCGGUGCCUACGGUCUUGUUUCCGCCUUCGAUAAUCUAACCAAUAGGAAUCUCAUCCAACAGAUGGAGUAAUUUUCUUCACUGAAAACAGAGAGAUAAGAUGGGGAAUUGUCCCAUCAGGCAAUAGUUAGUGAAAAAGGGAAAUCCUUGCCUCCUCGUCCUUUUGAUUCCCUAAUGAUUGAUGUGCUUGUGUACCCACGUAUCAAAGAGAAAAAAGAUUAAAAAGUCGAGUAAUUUUCAUUUCCAGGUCUGCAAAAGAGAAAUGUAAAAAUAUUCAAGAUCUUCAUUUUAUUUCCUUUCUCCCUUCUGAAGGAGUUUUUAUUAGUUCCCACCUUUUUCUUUCUGAACAGUAAUAUAAGAGAAUAAGAAAUUAGUAACCAGUGAAACCGGAUUUUUGCUGUAACAUUCUACUUUUUACUCUUCCCGUAAAGGGAAAUGGCACUUUGAGUUUCGUUUCGUUUCUCCAUUUUGUUUCUUCGAACACGUAGAAACGGAAAGAUAAUCCAUUCUUUUUCUUUUCAUGGCCUUUUGUUUUGCUUCUUUUUUCUCUUAAACUUAGUUUCUAUUGGAAAGUCUGUUGACUUUUUACUGCUUCUUUGUUAAGAAGUAGAUUCAAAUGUUAUAUUUGUUUAUCCUCGCAGUUGAGUUACAUACUUGUAACUUAAACUAUCUUAUUACUUUUAAGCACAUUCCAGAUACACAACCCCAGAAUCAGAACACACACUCUUGUAAAAAGAGGUGAAAGUAUCCACCAUCUAUACAAAGAAUGGUUGGCCUACUAUGUGAUUAAUUGUAAGGAUAGUGCUAGCAUGUAUUGGGAG